AUGCCGGGGAAGAAGCCCGGGGGCUCCGCGGGCGGCGGCGGCGAGCUGCAGGGGGACGAGGCGCAGCGGAAUAAGAAGCGGAAAAAGAAGGUUUCCUGCUUCUCCAACAUCAAGAUCUUCCUGGUGUCCGAGUGCGCCCUGAUGCUGGCCCAGGGCACCGUGGGCGCCUACCUGGUGAGUGUUUUAACUACCUUGGAGCGGCGAUUCAACCUGCAGAGCGCUGACGUGGGGGUGAUAGCCAGCAGCUUUGAGAUUGGGAACCUGGCCCUCAUUCUCUUUGUGAGCUACUUUGGAGCCCGGGGGCAUAGGCCACGUUUGAUAGGAUGCGGAGGAAUAGUCAUGGCUCUGGGCGCCCUCCUUUCGGCGUUGCCUGAAUUUCUGACCCAUCAGUACGAAUAUGAAUCUGGGGAAAUACGCUGGGGGGCUGAAGGGAGGGAUGUAUGUGCUGCCAAUGGGUCCACCAGCAACGAGGGACCAGACCCGGAUCUUAUCUGCAGGAAUAGGACUACCACCAACAUGAUGUACUUGCUUCUCAUUGGAGCGCAAGUGCUCCUAGGCAUUGGUGCUACCCCUGUACAGCCACUAGGAGUUUCCUACAUCGAUGACCACGUGAGACGGAAAGAUUCCUCCCUGUAUAUAGGGAUCCUGUUUACAAUGCUGGUAUUUGGACCAGCCUGUGGAUUUAUCUUGGGCUCCUUCUGUACCAAAAUCUAUGUGGACGCUGUCUUCAUUGACACAAGUAAACUGGAUAUCACCCCCGAUGACCCUCGGUGGAUCGGCGCGUGGUGGGCAGGCUUCUUGCUGUGUGGUGCCUUACUUUUCUUCUCGUCCCUCUUGAUGUUUGGAUUCCCGCAGUCCCUGUCCCCCAUGGUGGAGCACGUGGUGGAGAGCGAGCAAGCCAUGCUCCCUGAACGGGACUACGAGAGGCCCAAGCCAAGCAAUGGGGUCCUGCGGCACUCACUCGAAGGGGAGGACAGUGCCUCCUGCCUCCAGCAGCUGAGAGUGAUACCUAAAGUAACAAAGCACUUGCUGGCCAAUCCUGUCUUCACCUGCAUCGUACUUGCUGCCUGCAUGGAGAUUGCUGUGGUCGCUGGCUUUGCAGCCUUCCUGGGGAAGUACCUGGAACAGCAGUUCAACCUCACCACCUCAUCAGCCAAUCAGCUCUUGGGGAUGACAGCAAUCCCAUGUGCAUGUCUGGGCAUAUUCCUGGGCGGUCUCCUGGUGAAGAAGCUCAGCCUGUCUGCUCUAGGAGCCAUCAGGAUGGCCAUGCUCGUUAACCUGGUGUCCACAGCUUGCUAUGUCUCUUUCCUAUUCCUGGGCUGCGACACGGGGCCUGUAGCUGGGGUUACUGUUCCCUAUGGAAACAACUCAACUCCGACCUUGCCCUUGGACCCAUAUUCCCCCUGCAAUAUCAACUGUGAAUGCCAAACCGAUUCCUUCACUCCAGUUUGUGGGGCAGAUGGGAUCACCUACUUGUCCGCCUGCUUUGCGGGCUGCAGGAGCACGAAUCUCACUGCCUGCUCAUGCCUCAGUUUGGUCCCAGCCGAGAACGCUACAGUAAUGCACGGAAAAUGCCCCAGUCCUGGGUGCCAAGAGGCCUUCUUGACAUUCCUCUGUGUGAUGUGUGUUUGCAGCAUGAUUGGAGCCAUGGCGCAGACGCCGUCAGUUAUCAUACUCAUCAGAACAGUGAGCCCUGAACUUAAAUCUUAUGCUUUGGGGGUGCUUUUCCUGCUGCUCCGUUUGCUAGGUUUUAUCCCACCACCCUUGAUCUUUGGGGCUGGAAUUGACUCAACAUGUCUGUUCUGGAGCACGUUUUGUGGCGAGCAAGGAGCCUGCGUAUUGUAUGACAAUGUCGUCUAUAGAUACCUGUAUGUUAGCAUUGCUAUAGCCCUGAAAUCUUUUGCAUUCAUCUUAUACACAACCACCUGGCAGUGCUUGAGGAAAAACUAUAAAAGAUACAUCAAGAACCAUGAAGGCGGGCUCAGCACUAGUGAAUUCUUUGCCUCCACUCUCACCCUAGACAAUCUGGGGCGGGACUCUGUGCCCCAAAACCAGUCACAGAGGACAAAAUUUAUCUAUAACCUUGAAGAUCAUGAAUGGUGUGAAAACAUGGAGUCUGUUUUAUAGUGACUAAGGAUGGAUGAACUCUAUAUUAAUAAUAUAUGGGUCCUUUUUAAUUAAAAGAGAGAGAGAAAAUACAAUUUAAAAAACAGGAAACUUUUGUCCUUUUCUCAAAAGCCAGAGCCAAGGAUUCAGAAUAACAAAAUCUUUAAAUGGGAUCAUUUUUGAAAUCCUGUUGGAGUGCUGGAGAGAACACAAAACCACUCCGGCUGGGUACCAGCCCCUGUGAUGAUGGUACAAUCUUCCAGGAUAGAAUCACCUGCCAGGGCAUUGGGAGCUGCAAACCCAGGGUUUUGUGGGAGACCUCAUCAGAUGGACAUUCUUGGGCACCUGGUGAGAAGAAACAAGCAAAUAACGGCAAUUCCAGAAUAAGCGUUCGUGACACUGCAUGCCAUUAGGGAUCGGUGCAGCCCUGUCACCUCUGCAAUAUGGGCUAAAGAGUUAGCCAGUCUGGGUGCUGCUCAAAUCCAAUGCACUCUCUCAAUGAUGUCAAAGAGGGAACAGUGCUGGAGUUAUUAAACUACUUACACUCUGUCACCAGCCAUGAUUCCAUGUUAGAUACUUUGAAUGCUGCCGUAUACCCUCUAGCCAGCACACAUUGAUGGUCAAAGACUCCACUGUCCUUCCAGCAGAUCUCAGAUUUCGGUUCUCUGUGAAUGGCUGUGCUCAGAUCUUUAAAACCCAGUAAAGUUCAAGUCAUUUGCUUACACUU